UAAACUUGCAUCGUCCGUCCACGGCCAGCCACGUUCCAACCUCGUUCUUCAUGCUCACCCUUUGAUCGCGUAGACUUCCGUUGAAUUUGCUCAGUUCAUUCUCAAAUCAACUCACCACCACCACCACCACUAACGAGACGCGCCUGGAAGAGAAGAUUCAGAAGCAGUAGGACUGACGAGGACGAGCACACAUCACACAUCCACCAUGGCCGCCGCAAAAUCACCACAAACGGAGCUCCCGACCUUCUCCCCCGUCGACUAUGGAAAAUUCUUCGGAGCCGGCGCCCUCGCGGCGACUCUCACCCACGGUGCCGCAACGCCCAUCGACGUCGUCAAGACGCGCAUCCAGGUCGACGACGCCAUGAAGGGCCUCAACAUGCUCAAGGCCGGCCGCACCAUCGUCGCCAAGGAGGGCGCCUCCGCCCUGCUCACCGGCUUCGGCCCCACCGCCGUCGGCUACCUCGUCCAGGGCGGCGGCAAGUUCGCCGGCUACGAGUUCUUCAAGAAGAAGUUCAUCACCCUCGCCGGCGGGCCCGACAAGGCCGUCGACAGGCGCACCGCCAUCUACCUCGGCGCCAGCGCCACCGCCGAGGUCUUCGCCGACGUCCUGCUCUGCCCCCUCGAGGCCACCCGCAUCCGCCUCGUCUCCCAGCGCAACUACGCCUCCGGCCUGGUCCCCGGAUUCGCCCGCCUCGCCCGCGAGGAAGGGUUCCGCGGCUUCUACUCGGGCUUCGUGCCCCUGCUGUUCAAGCAGGUGCCCUACGCCGUCGGCCAGUUCUCCGUCCACGAGGCCGCCGUCGAGGUCAUCUACCGCGCCAUGGGCCCUGAGAAGAAGGCCAAGAUGACCCAGCUGCAGUCCACGGGGGUCGAGCUGGCCUCGGGCGUCGUCGCCGGUGUCGCCGCCGCCGUGCUAUCCCACCCGGCCGACACGCUGCUGUCCGCCAUCAACAAGGGCGCCGGCGACCCCAACCAGGGCGCCACGAGCCGCAUGAUCCAGCUCGCCAAGGAGUUUGGCCCAAAGCGCCUGCUGCUGACGGGCCUGGGUCCCCGUAUCGUCAUGACCUGCGGUCUGGUCGCCGGCCAGUUUGUCAUUUACGCGCAGUGCAAGACGCUGGUUGGUGCGCCGGCCGGCAUUGAGAUUCACAAGGAACAGUCUCUGUAGAUGGAUCUUUUUUUUUUUUUUUUUAUUUUACCACUUGGGUUUGUUGCGUUCACGCGUCUAGAGGGUAGAAAGGGGCAUGGGACGGUCUGGCGUUUCGGUUGCAUUGGUUCCGGCUGGUAGAAGCGGGCAGAUGAGCGAUUGCUUAGUUUACACUUGACAUAAUCCAUCACCUUAUUCUCUC